UCACAGUUCAAUGCCAACGCUAUAAAAAAUUUUUGCUCCAACUUAUAACGCGUCGUCUGUGCCAAAUGUUAAGUUAAAAAAAGUAGAGGGGAACGAAUUUCGUCACGCGCGCCUCGCGAUUGUAUUUAAUUAAUGGCGAGCACAUUUCGAAUCAAAAUUCUCAGCAUUCCCAUUCCCCUUGUUUGUAAUUUGAGCUCGAUUUACGGAGUCGACGAGACAAAAAACCGUCAUAAGCAGUGGAUCGAGGAAAAAUGGUAACCAGAGUUUGGAUCUGGAUUAUUUUCGUCUGCAUCCUUUUCGCUUCUUCUCAGGCUGAAGAUGAAAAUGAAGAAGAGGUUCAGAGGCCAGAGAGAAAAUGGGAUUCAAUUAACAAGACCUCUGAAUGCCCGAAUCACGGAAAGAACAAAACUGUAUUUGCAACGCCUGCCUUCAAUUUGGACGAGCAGAACUUGAGCCACAACGAUUGCGGCAAAUGGGACAAAAAAGAGACGCCGCCGUGGGCGGCUUUCGUGGGUCCAAAUAAUUGCGAAGCUUUAAUUCUGUCGCAGCGCAUCUUCAUCUCAUUAUUAUGGAGUUGCAAGCGCGAGUACGAGAGCUUCAAGACUGGAAAUGAAGUAAAAGUUUUCGCCGGCGAAUGCACCACCAAGCACUACGACAAAAACUGCCACAGAGGACACGGCCCAGCAUUGCUGCCGCAAAAGGUGCUCGACAUGAAGGAAGUGACGAUCGACAUCGGAAGGUUUUACUCUCGCUCGUUCUACUUGUUGCACGUUGAGCGGCUGCGAUUCACGCCCAAUUUGCAACCAGCCUGUUUAUGGAACUCGGGCAACACCAACGACGCCGACCAACAAUUCUAUUAUUCAGAUUUCUUGGAAAGUACCAAGGGAAAAUUGCGAAGAGCUAAUUGGCUGCCAGAGGAAAUUUGCUACGGCGAAACAAUCGAAAGGGAAAUUUGUGAUCUUUACGGAAACUCCAUCUGCACUUCCAAUACGACGUGGGUUUAUUGCGCUACCUGUUCAUAGACCGAGGCGGUCGCUUCUUUUUGCGGGGAUUCCACGACAACAGCAUCUUUGAUCCGCAGGACACGACGCGAUGGAUCGACUUGAUCCCUUUCAUGGGCAAAAUCGUUUCUGCCUCCGUUAAUCUGACGAUGCAACCUUCUGGAAAAUGACGUCCUGAUGCAAAGUGCGAUCAAUUAUUUUAGAUCUGUUGAAACACUUUUUUUGGGUACAGAGA